GACCCUUAACCUCUGGCAGUCGCCGCCCUUAACUCCAACAACAACAACAAGGCGAAGGCUUCAUGGGUGACACUGCUGCUGAUGGCGCUGAUAGUAUGGAAUCUGACGAAGAAAUAAGCGAAGCUGAGGAGCCAGUACUAACCAGACAACCUGCAGUAGCUAGAUUAGAGGUCCCUUUCAACACUAAUCGAGAAGCAGAGGUGGUACGUAACAGCCUGCAAGUGGAUCCAGAGCCCAAGAGGAGCGGUUCAUCAAAAACUUUCACUAUUAAAGAGAAUGUCCUUUGCAU